AUGCGUGACGGAGGAGUCCAUACAAUGGUUUGUGGAUCUAAUGACGACAAAGGGAAAGGAAGACUAAAUAUCUUGACGGACGGAGCAUGCAUAAUAUCGGAUGGGAGAAGUUUCCGAAUUUGGGGGAAACCAGUCUACGGAGGAAUCGGCACGGUCGUAGUUGGGCAUUUUCCGGGGUCUAGCUUCUUCUCUUGGCUUCAGAACAAAAAAGGUGAGAGUUGUACCGGUUUGUUUGCCAUAGAAGGCGAUGAAGAGGUUCCUGGAAGAGCUUGA